AUGGCGGCGGUCGGCCGCGGCCGCUCGCUGAAGAACCUCCGAAUACGAGGGCGGAAUGACAGCGGCGAGGAGAACGUCCCGUUGGACCUGACCCGAGAACCUUCUGAUAACUUAAGGGAGAUUCUCCAAAAUGUGGCCAAAUUGCAAGGGGUUUCAAAUAUGAGAAAGCUGGGCCAUUUGAAUAACUUUACUAAGCUUCUUUGUGAUAUUGGCCACAGUGAAGACAAAUUGGGUUUUAACUAUGAGGAUAUUAUAAUUUGCUUGAGGUUGGCUUUAUUGAAUGAAGCAAAAGAAGUGCGGGCAGCAGGUCUCCGAGCUCUUCGAUAUCUCAUCCAAGACUCCACUAUUCUGCAGAAGGUGCUUAAAUUGAAAGUGGACUAUUUAAUAGCCAGGUGCAUUGAUAUACAGCAGAGCAACGAGGUAGAGAGGACACAAGCACUUCGAUUAGUCAGAAAGAUGAUUACUGUGAAUGCUUCCUUAUUUCCUAGCUCUGUGGCCAACUCAUUAAUAGCAGUUGGAAAUGAUGGACUUCAAGAAAGAGACAGAAUGGUCCGAGCAUGCAUUGCUAUUAUCUGUGAACUAGCACUUCAGAAUCCAGAGGUGGUGGCCCUUCGAGGUGGACUAAACACCAUCUUGAAAAACGUGAUCGAUUGCCAAUUAAGUCGAAUAAAUGAGGCCCUCAUUACUACAAUUUUGCACCUCCUUAAUCAUCCAAAGACCCGACAAUAUGUGCGAGCUGAUGUAGAAUUAGAGCGAAUUUUAGCACCCUAUACGGAUUUUCACUACAGACAUAGUCCAGAUACGGCUGAAGGACAGCUCAAAGAAGACAGAGAAGCAAGGUUUCUAGCCAGUAAAAUGGGAAUCAUAGCAACAUUCCGGUCAUGGGCAGGUAUUAUUAAUUUAUGUAAACCUGGAAACUCUGGGAUUCAAUCUCUAAUUGGAGUACUUUGCAUACCAAAUAUGGAAAUAAGGCGAGGUCUGCUCGAAGUACUAUAUGAUAUAUUUCGUCUUCCUCUGCCUGUGGUGACUGAAGAGUUCAUAGAAGCGCUGCUCAGUGUGGAUCCAGGUAGAUUCCAAGACAGUUGGAGGCUCUCAGAUGGCUUUGUAGCAGCUGAAGCAAAAACUAUUCUUCCUCAUCGUGCCAGAUCUAGGCCAGACCUCAUGGAUAAUUAUUUGGCACUGGUACUCUCCGCUUUUAUUCGUAAUGGACUUUUAGAGGGUUUGGUUGAAGUGAUAACAAACAGCGAUGACCAUAUCUCAGUUAGAGCUACCAUCCUUUUAGGAGAGCUUUUACAUAUGGCAAACACAAUUCUUCCUCAUUCACAUAGCCAUCAUUUGCACUGCCUGCCAACCCUAAUGAAUAUGGCAGCAUCUUUUGAUAUCCCUAAGGAAAAGAGACUGAGAGCCAGUGCAGCCUUGAACUGUUUAAAACGCUUCCAUGAAAUGAAGAAACGAGGACCUAAGCCUUACAGCCUUCAUUUAGAUCACAUUAUUCAGAAAGCAAUUGCAACACAUCAAAAACGGGAUCAAUAUCUCAGAGUUCAGAAAGAUAUAUUUGUUCUUAAGGAUACAGAGGAGGCUCUUCUAAUGAACCUUAGAGAUAGCCAAGUCCUUCAACAUAAAGAGAAUCUCGAAUGGAAUUGGAAUCUUAUAGGGACCAUUCUUAAGUGGCCAAAUGUGAAUCUAAGAAACUAUAAAGAUGAACAGUUACAUAGAUUUGUACGAAGACUACUUUACUUUUACAAGCCCAGCAGUAAGUUAUAUGCCAACCUGGACCUGAGUUUUGCCAAGUCGAAGCAGCUUACGGUCGUGGGCUGCCAGUUUACAGAAUUUCUUCUUGAGUCCGAAGAGGAUGGGCAGGGGUACUUAGAAGAUCUAGUAAAAGAUAUUGUUCAGUGGCUCAAUGCCUCCUCUGGAAUGAAACCUGAAAGAAGUCUUCAAAAUAAUGGCUUACUGACUACCCUUAGUCAACACUACUUUUUAUUUAUUGGAACACUUUCUUGCCACCCUCAUGGAGUCAAAAUGCUGGAAAAAUGCAGCGUAUUUCAGUGUCUCCUUAACCUUUGCUCCUUGAAAAACCAAGAUCACCUGCUAAAACUGACUGUUUCCAGCUUGGAUUACAGCAGAGACGGACUGGCCAGAGUCAUCCUCUCCAAGAUCCUAACUGCAGCCACUGACGCCUGUAGGCUGUAUGCAACCAAACAUUUAAGAGUAUUGUUGAGAGCUAAUGUUGAAUUCUUCAAUAACUGGGGAAUUGAAUUACUAGUGACCCAGCUGCAUGAUAAAAACAAAACAAUUUCUUCUGAAGCUCUUGAUAUCCUCGAUGAAGCCUGUGAAGACAAGGCCAAUCUUCAUGCUCUUAUUCAGAUGAAGCCAGCUUUAUCCCACCUUGGGGACAAAGGUUUGCUUCUCCUUCUGAGAUUUCUUUCCAUUCCCAAAGGAUUUUCCUAUCUGAAUGAAAGGGGUUAUGUAGCAAAACAAUUGGAAAAGUGGCACAAGGAAUAUAAUUCAAAAUAUGUUGAUUUGAUUGAGGAACAACUUAAUGAAGCACUUACUACUUAUCGGAAGCCAAUUGAUGGUGAUAACUAUGUUCGUCGGAGUAACCAAAGAUUACAGCGUCCUCAUGUCUACCUGCCUGUACACCUUUACGGACAACUGGUACACCACAAAACAGGCUGUCAUUUGUUGGAAGUACAGAAUGUUAUUGCAGAGCUCUGUCACAGCGUUCGUACACCAGAUUUAGAUAAAUGGGAAGAAAUUAAAAAACUGAAAGCAUCUCUUUGGGCCUUGGGAAAUAUUGGCUCAUCAAAUUGGGGUCUCAAUUUGCUGCAGGAAGAAAAUGUGAUUCCAGAUAUACUAAAACUUGCAAAACAGUGUGAGGUUCUUUCCAUCAGAGGGACGUGCGUGUAUGUGCUUGGACUCAUAGCCAAAACCAAACAAGGCUGUGAUAUUCUAAAAUGUCACAACUGGGAUGCCGUAAGGCACAGUCGCAAACAUCUGUGGCCAGUGGUUCCAGAUGAUGUGGAUCAGCUCUGUAAUGAACUCUCAUCUAUCCCAAGCACCUUGAGUUUGAAUUCAGAGUCAACCAGCUCUAGACAUAACAGUGAGAGUGAAUCUGCACCAUCAAGUAUGUUCAUAAUGGAGGACGACCGGUUUGGCAGCAGCUCCACUAGUACGUUCUUCCUCGACAUCAGUGAGGACGCAGAGCCAUCCUUUUUUGAUCGGCCUGGCCCUGUAAAGGAUAAAAAUUCAUUCCCUUUCUUUGGGUCUAGCAAACUUGUGAAGAACCGUAUUCUAAAUUCUCUUACUUUGCCUAAUAAAAAACAUCGUAGUAGCAGUGAUCCAAAAGGAGGGAAACUGUCAUCUGAAAACAAGACAAGCAACAGGCGGAUCAGAACGCUUACGGACCCCAGUGUUGACUUCAUUCAGAGUGAUGAUUUUACACCCAUAUCCACAGUACAGAAAACAUUACAAUUAGAAACUUCAUUUGUGGGGAAUAGGCACAUAGAAGACACUGGUAGUACUCCAAGUAUUGGAGAGAAUGACUUAAAAUUCACUAAGAGUCUUGGUACAGAGAAUCACAGAGAAAACACAAGCCGAGAGAGGUUAGUUGUGGAAAGUUCAACAAGCUCGCAUAUGAAGAUGCGUAGCCAAAGUUUCAAUACAGACACUACAACAAGUGGCAUAAGUUCAAUGAGCUCAAGCCCUUCCCGAGAGACAGUAGGUGUGGAUGCUACGACUGUGGACACAGACUGUGGAAGUAUGAGUACUGUGGUAAGUACUAAAACUGUUAAGACGAGCCACUAUUUGACGCCACAGUCUAACCAUCUAUCUCUCUCCAAGUCAAACUCAGUAUCCCUGGUGCCUCCGGGUUCUUCUCAUACACUUCCCAGAAGAGCACAGUCCCUUAAAGCACCCUCUAUCGCUACAAUUAAAAGUCUAGCUGACUGUAACUUCAGUUACACAAGUUCUAGAGAUGCCUUUGGCUACGCUACGCUGAAAAGGUUACAGCAACAAAGGAUGCAUCCAUCUCUGUCUCAUUCUGAAGCUUUGGCAUCUCCAGCAAAAGAUGUGCUGUUUACUGAUACCAUCACCAUGAAGGCCAACAGCUUCGAGUCCAGGUUAACACCAAGCAGGUUCAUGAAAGCUUUAAGUUAUGCUUCGUUAGAUAAAGAAGAUUUAUUGAGUCCUAUUAACCAAAAUACCCUGCAGCGAUCCUCCUCAGUGAGGUCCAUGGUGUCCAGUGCGACGUAUGGGAGCUCAGAUGACUAUAUUGGUCUUGCUCUUCCUGUAGACAUCAACGAUAUAUUCCAGGUAAAGGAUAUUCCCUAUUUUCAGACUAAAACCAUACCUCCAAUUGAUGAUCGAGGUGCAAGAGUGUUUGUUCAUGAAGCAGGAGGCCUUUCAUCUGGCACUGGAGGGCUGGUAAAGAACUCUUUCCACUUGCUGCGGCAGCAGAUGAGCCUUACGGAAAUAAUGAACUCAAUCCAUUCAGAUGCUUCUCUGUUCCUAGAGAGCACGGAAGACACUGGGCUACAAGAGCACACAGAUGAUAACUGCCUGUACUGUGUCUGUGUUCAAAUUCUGGGUUUUCAACCCAGUAACCAACUAAGUGCAAUAUGUAGUCAUUCAGAUUUUCAAGACAUUCCAUAUUCUGAUUGGUGCGAGCAGACUCUCCAUAAUCCCUUAGAAGUGGUUCCCUCUAAAUUCUCAGGGAUUUCUGGAUGUAGUGAUGGCGUGUCUCAAGAAGGCUCAGCCAGCAGCACCAAAAGCACAGAAUUGCUGCUAGGUGUUAAAACAAUUCCAGAUGAUACACCAAUGUGCCGUAUACUCCUUCGCAAAGAAGUCCUAAGAUUAGUCAUUAACUUGAGUAGUUCAGUUUCAACUAAAUGUCAUGAAACUGGGCUUUUAACAAUUAAGGAGAAGUACCCACAGACAUUUGACGACAUCUGCCUUUACUCGGAGGUUUCCCAUUUGCUGGCACACUGCACGUUUAGACUGCAAUGUCGGAGAUUCAUACAAGAACUAUUUCAAGAUGUACAGUUUUCACAAAUCCUUUUUACAAUGGGUUUGUUCUCUGAGAUCUCUGUACAGAACCCUGUGAACCAGAAAGCAGACUUACAGAGAUCUUUUUUUUUUUUUUUUUUUUUUUUUAAACCAACUGGCACUGAAAGCUCCCGUUGGGAUGAAACAUUUCAUCUUUAUAACACCUCUGACUGCACUUCCUGA